AUUUAAUCCGAAUCCGAUUCCCGACACCAAUUGGCGGCCUUCAGCUGCUGCUUCUGCAGUUGAAUUGUAUUUUUUUUUUGGCGUUUCGUGUCACCCGAAAAUAGUUGAAUCCGCUGAUCUAGCGAAUAACGGUGGCAAGUAACUGUAAUAACUGGCCGGCGCACAGAAGCGACAGAGACAGAGCGCACAUAGCACCUGGCACACCCAAGGAUAUCCGAUCCUCCUGCAUCCCGAAUCAUCCACAACCUGCACCAACCGCUAACCGCUAAAGUCAUGAUCCUCGAGAGAAACCGGAGGAGCCAGCUGGCCCUCCUCAUGAUCGCAAUGCUGGCAGCCAUCGCUGGACAAACGGAUGCCCAGAAGGCGGCCAAACUGACGGCAGUGAGCACCUGUGCAUCGAAGGAAAAGUGUCACACCUGCAUCCAGACAGAGGGUUGCGCCUGGUGCAUGCAGCCGGACUUUAAGGGCCAGUCGCGGUGCUACCAAAACACCAGCUCACUGUGUCCGGAGGAGUUCGCCUACAGUCCGAUAACGCUUGAGGAGAUUCUAGUGAACAACAAACUAACGAAUCAAUACAAAGCUGAAUUGGCGGCUGGUGGCAGUGGCAUUGGCGUUGGCAUUGGCGCUGGCAUUGGCGGUGGCUCCUCCAUGUCUUCCUCGGGAUUCAGUUCCUCCAGCGGAUACGAAGAGUACUCUGCCGGCGAAAUUGUCCAAAUCCAACCGCAGUCCAUGCGCCUCGCAUUGCGCGUCAAUGAGAAACACAACAUCAAGAUUAGCUAUUCCCAGGCGGAGGGAUAUCCAGUGGAUCUCUACUACUUGAUGGACCUCUCCAAAUCCAUGGAGGAUGACAAGGCCAAAUUGUCUACGCUGGGCGACAAGUUGUCCGAGACCAUGAAACGCAUCACCAACAAUUUCCAUCUCGGUUUCGGUUCGUUUGUGGACAAGGUGCUCAUGCCCUAUGUCUCGACCAUUCCCAAAAACCUGGUGGAGCCGUGCCCUAAUUGCACUGCAACCUAUGGCUUUCACCACCAAAUGGUCUUAGAUAAGAAUAUAACCCAAUUUACUAAAAAGGUGAAGAAUGCCACAGUGUCGGGCAACUUGGAUGCUCCCGAAGGAGGAUUCGAUGCCAUCAUGCAGGCCAUUGCCUGCCGAUCGCAGAUCGGUUGGCGGGAACAGGCUCGUCGGCUGUUGGUCUUCUCCACGGACGCAGGCUUCCAUUAUGCUGGCGAUGGCAAAUUGGGCGGCGUGAUUGCUCCAAACGACGGCGAGUGCCACUUGAAUCCCACGGGCUUGUACACGCACUCGGAUCUGCAGGAUUAUCCCAGUAUCUCGCAGAUCAACCAGAAGGUCAAGGACAAUGCCAUCAAUAUUAUUUUCGCCGUCACUGCCAGCCAGCUGUCUGUCUACGAAAAGUUGGUGGAGCACAUCCAGGGCUCCUCGGCGGCCAAGCUCGAUAACGAUUCAUCCAACGUGGUUGAAUUGGUCAAGGAAGAAUACCGCAAAAUCUCCUCUUCGGUGGAGAUGAAGGACAACGCCACUGGAGAUGUGAAGAUCACCUACUUCUCAUCCUGCCUGAGUAACGGACCCGAACUGCAGACCUCUAAGUGCGACAACCUGAAGGAGGGCCAGCAGGUGAGCUUCACAGCCCAGAUUCAGUUGCUCAAGUGUCCCGAGGAUCCGCGCGACUGGACACAGACGAUCCACAUCUCGCCCGUCGGCAUCAACGAGGUCAUGCAAAUCCAGCUGACUAUGCUGUGCUCGUGUCCCUGCGAGAAGCACGGCUCAAUUGGAUAUCAGGUGCAUGCGAACAGCUGCAGCAGCCACGGCACCUCCAUGUGCGGCAUCUGCAAUUGUGAUGAUAGCUACUUCGGCAACAAAUGCGAGUGCUCAGCAACGGAUCUAACAUCUAAAUUCGCGAACGACACUAGCUGCCGGGCGGAUAGCACCUCGACGACGGACUGCUCUGGUCGGGGCAAUUGCGUUUGCGGCGCCUGCGAAUGCCACAAGCGACCAAAUCCCAUUGAGAUCAUAUCCGGAAAGCACUGCGAGUGCGACAACUUCAGCUGCGAACGGAACAGGAACCAGUUGUGCUCGGGUCCGGAUCACGGCACCUGCGAGUGCGGCCGUUGCAAGUGCAAGCCGGGCUGGACGGGCGCCAAUUGCGGCUGCCAGGAGUCCAACAAUACAUGUAUGCCACCUGGAGGUGGCGAGGUCUGCUCCGGUCAUGGUUCCUGCGAAUGCGGUGUCUGCAAGUGUACGGUUAACGAUCAGGGACGCUUCUCGGGCCGACAUUGCGAGAAAUGCCCAACUUGCUCGGGCCGGUGCCAGGAGCUGAAGGACUGUGUCCAGUGCCAGAUGUACAAGACGGGCGAGCUGAAGAACGGCGAUGAUUGCGCCAGGAACUGCACUCUAUUUGUGCCCGUGGGCGUGGAAAAGGUCGAGAUCGAUGAGACCAAGGACGAGCAGAUGUGCACAUUCUUCGACGAGGACGACUGCAAGUUCAUGUUCAAGUACAGCGAGCAGGGUGAACUGCAUGUGUAUGCCCAAGAGAACAAGGAGUGCCCGCCCAAGGUUUUCAUGUUGGGCAUCGUUAUGGGCGUAAUCGUCGCCAUUGUCCUCGUGGGUCUGGCCAUUCUGCUGCUGUGGAAGCUGCUCACUACGAUCCACGAUCGGCGGGAGUUCGCUCGCUUCGAGAAGGAGCGCAUGAACGCCAAGUGGGAUACGGGUGAGAAUCCCAUCUACAAGCAGGCCACCUCCACCUUCAAGAACCCCAUGUAUGCGGGCAAAUAGAUUCGCUAACUAACUAAACACUAGGGAAUUAUAACUAGUGUCGUUCCACGGAACGACCACUGUCUGUGCUUGAACCGGAAAUCAGAAGGAACCCCAACCAGCCAAUCAGCCAAACUUAAUCAAACACCAGCAACAAAUCCGCACCACCUAAAAACCAAGCAACCAAUCUUCAGAACCGAUUCCGACACCGAAAUCCCGAACACAUCGACGUAGCUGCUUUGCCCGGGUGCAAAACCACUGAAGUCAACUGCCAUUGAAACGCGUUCUAAACUAAGUCAGCCCUAUAUAAACAUAUAUAUGCAUAUUUAUAUAUACAUUUACACAAGAACCGCGCCGUGGGGCAGCCUUUAUACAUUGCGUAUACUUAACGAGCAAACGAUUUGUGCCUUGCAACAUAUUUUAGACUAAAUCUAUACGUAUAUGUGUAUACAAACAAGUAAGCAGACAACGCACAGCAACAACGCGGAGCCAAGAAUCGGAAAAAUUAAAAAAAAAUUAAUUAUACCAGCCAAGAAAUGAACUACGAACGAUAGUUAGAUUAAUGAUUUUUGUAUUCUUUUUUUCGUACCAAUAGUAUCCAAGCCAGCGCAUGAAUUUGUAUUUUAUUUUACUUCUAUUUGUAAUUGCUUUUUUGUGUUUUUCGACCUAAUUCUAAUUGUUUUCAUCGAGCCCCAUUUAUUAUUAACUGCAAUAUAGCGGAUGUAUUUAGGCUGCAGAGAUCCCGAGAGAUCAGAAGUCAGAAUCGGGAUACUUAACUUAUCUGCUACCCUCACAAAAACGGUCGUCCUUCGUAAUGCCAAACCCACGUCUUAAUGUUUUUCUAUUGUUUUUUUAAAGCUAACUUUACAAUUAAUAUUUAAGCAAUUAACAUUUAAGCUUGUAAUUGUUAAUUUCGAAAUGCAAGAGUGCCCCGGAACGUUUUUGUUUUUCUGUAAGAUCUUUUCAUUUUUAUUUUUGUAUGUUUUAAUUAUGGAAAACGAAAGCGUGGCAACAAGGGAAAUUGCUCCUUGUGUGUGUUUUAUUUAACUGAAUUUCGAUCAUUAAUGGUAAAAUUAAUACUACUAUAUAAAUAUAUAUUUUUUGCCAUUUGUACUGAUUACUGAUUAACAUUUAAAGUAAUAAUACAAAACCAAAACGAAAUGUAACGAAACUUUUGUAUAAAAAAACAUUUUGAGUAAUUUUAUUGAAUGAUAAACCAAUACAAAAAUAUGGUGGAAACACUGGCAAUAUGAAACAGAUGUGGAAUUUAAAUUGUUUGACGCUAAUUUUAGUAAAAUAAAUAAAAAGAGAAAUACA